AUGCCUUCUAACGUAGAAGUUAAAGCCGUCGUUAGUAACCCUGAAGACUUUGCUGGAGUAGCCGCUCAGCUCAGCCAGUCCGAGGGCGCCAUCAUCCGGCAACACGACACCUUCUUCCACUGCAGCCAGGGUCGGCUGAAGCUCAGAGACUUCAUGGAUGGGACUGGGCAGCUUAUAUUCUAUGAGCGCCCUGACUCGGAUGGACCCAAGCUCUCUCGUUAUUCCAUCAGUCCCACCAGUGACCCGUCCUCUCUCAGGAUGGUGCUCUCGGAUGCUCUCGGUGUCAAAGGCGAAGUGCGAAAGGAGAGGCGUCUCUUCCUUGUUGGGCAGACCCGAAUCCAUCUGGACUCUGUGGAGGGCCUUGGGCAUUACAUGGAGCUGGAGGUGGUGAUGCGUCCUGAGCAGACUGUUGAAGAGGGACAACAGGUUGCCCACGGACUGAUGGAGCAACUGGGAGUCUCUGAAGAGAGUCUGGUCACUGGAGCAUACAUGGAUCUCAUAUUGAAGGGAGUCAAAGAAACCUAA